AUGGCGUUUAUCCGACAGUACAAGCCCUCCGACUUUGACGGCAUGGCUCACAUUUGCCGCGAGACGCUCAAUCCGGCGCUCGCCUCGUCCGCGGCCGGCCGUCGCCUGGCCCCCUACGUCUGGACGCACCAGUACACGCACCUCUCGCCAACGACGUGCUUCGUGCUCGACGACGGCGCAGGGCAGCCCGUGGGGUACUGCAUAGGGUGUCCCGACAUUGCCGCCUUUGUGGCCGAUUACGACUCGUACGUGACGGAUGUUCUCGACGUCUCACCGGAGGGGGAGGUGACGCGGCCGGAGGAUCUCGAGGCCAAGGGGGAGCCGCUGUUUCUGGCGGACGGGAGCGUCAACGAGGUUGCUUUGGCGCGGCUGGCGUAUAACCCGCGGUUGUUGCUGGUGGAGGGCAAUGAUGACUUGUUGGCGGAGUACAAGGCGACGAUGCACAUUGACUUGUUGCCGGAGGUGCAGGGGAUGGGGUGGGGGAGGAAGUUGCUGGAGAGGUUUGUGGGCAGUGUGGAGGGGGUGAGGAGGAUGAGGGAUGGGAGCGAGAGUCGAGGGAUUUGGAUUGGGGUUGCGGGGGAUAAUGGGAAAGUUGUGCCGUUUUAUGAGAAGCUUGGGUUUAGGAUCAAGGAGAGGCCGGUGGAGAGUAAGACUUUUUUUAUGGUUAGGGAUUAUUGA